GGCCUGCAGAAGGACGCUUUAUGUAGCAGAGUCAAACACAAAAGAUUUUCAUACACUUGACAGGUGACUCUUCCUUGGAGAAAGUUAAAACAGCUACAUCUAUAUCUUCUUUUGUCCUGCUAUGUGUUAUUAAUACCCUCAGUGCUUACAUCUCUCUUGGGUGGUUCUUUGCGUUCUAUAAGAAGACACCUUCCAUGCUUUGGGAAGCAUUGAGUGGUGCAUUAAUUGCCUGGUUUGUUGCAACCACACAACUCCAAAGUUACAGAUGUAAAAAUAGACUUGGUCACCUUCUGUUCCUUUUCAUCACUGAUCUGUUUAGCACUGCAGCUUUUUGGUCUUUUCAUCUCAGCUUAUGUGGUGAAGUCUUAACAUGGUCCUGGGAGAGAACCUGAAACAUUAAGCAAGAUACUGUUUAAUACCACCUACUAAUGUCUAUUAAGUGUACUAGGGGAUGCUGGGGAAUGAACUCCCGCUAAACUCCUUCAUUUCUAUCAUGGCAUUUGUCCUGGCAGGCUGCUGUACAAUGAAACAUGACAAUGUGGUCUUGCUGGCCUUGUGCAUUUGGGUUCCAGAGUACACCAAGUGUGAUUGUUUCUAAAGAGAAUGCCAUUGCACCAUCUUUUUAUUUAUGCCUUCUAUGCUUUUUUUCAUUGUCCAUGGAGUCAUUUAGAAGGCUAAAAUAACAUGAGAUCUAGAUUUACGUCUCCACCACUCAGGAACUGGAAUAUAAAGAGAAUUCAAGAUCUCUAGUUAAUCUGUCAGCACAAAUAGCUCCUUGAGGAAUUAACUGUGACUACGGAAAGAAAAUAAAAAGUAAACAAAUCCUAGAACCCCUACUCAUCCCAGCUUUGUUGUAUUAAACACUGAAAGGAUCUCUGCCCGGUUGGGAUGCUCAAGAUAUACUCCAUAUCAAUCUGUGACAUGUGGUGAAAUGCUUCUUCUUGAAAACCCACAAGAGAGAAGUAGUAUAAAUUAAGAGUAAUCUCACAACAGCUAUUUUGGAGUUCUUACCAGUGAAAAUGUAAGUGUAGCAAUAUUGUGUAUCUAUUAAAAAUCUUGAAAGGCUCUUUAUAACUAGAUGAUAGGAGUGAUAACGUGUAAUUUAUUGAUGUUACACAGAGAAAAAAAAAAAAGUAGCAAUUUUUGUGUGAAAAGGGGUAUGAUAGAGGAAAUAAAAACAGAGCAAGGGACUUCUCCCCACAGCUUCAUGCCUGUGUGUGCAACCACAUCAACUUUAACAAAAAUACCUUGUGCUUUGAUUCUAUGUAGUGCUUCAAAACAGGGCAUAGCCCUCCCUGUAUUCAAAAGUAAAACUCCCAGAUGUUAUCACUCAUGUCUUUUGGCUGAGCAAAGGGUAGACUGUGCCCGAAGGCACACCUGUGAAAUAACUCUUAAGUACUACAGUAGUAUCACCUGUUUGUAUCACCUGUAUGCAUGCAUAUACAUGCAAUUCCUGGGCCUUUUCCCUGCAAAGAAAAAAAAAAAAAAAAAAAGUGUCAGAAGCAGCAAUGUGCAUUUAAUGCUACAGAUGCAUCUAAUGAUAUCAAGUCUUCCAUGAAUGCUAUCUUCUUGUUUAGUACUGUCACUUGUUAGUGUAGAGCACUCUGUCAUGUAUUUUUCUUCCUAUCAGAACUAAGCAGGUAGGUUUGGAAUAUGCCUGGUCCCAGGGAUUGAAGAGGUCUCAAUGAGGACAGAAAUUUUUCCUGUGGCCUUCAGCAUCAUUGACGUGAGCUUGCUUAUACUGUUUAUCACUGAUACUUAAAACUGAAUCAGAAGCAGGCCUGAACACUCACCCCCUAAACUCAAAAUAAAGAAGCCACAGUCUAGCACAGUAUGAAUAUCUGCCUCACAAUAUUUCUAAGUUGAGAUAUUCACCAAAGUACCCAGUUGUAUUAGUUAACAAUUACCCUUUCACUAACAGAUAAAAAGGAUAAAUGGAAAAAAUAACCAAAUAAAAUCUAGCAUUUUCACAUGAUAGCUUUCCUUUACCCAGAACUGAGACACAGCCACUGGAAGAGAUAAAAGAAUUCUUUUCCCAGUCCUGAGGAUUGGCAUUUACAGCUUCUCAUCCAUUCCUUUUUUCUCCCAUCAACCACUAUUUCUGUGACCAGAACAAAAUCUCCCGCUUCUAAAGACCUUUCUCUGGAAACACAUAGGGUAUAAGCACUGCUCUUCCACAGACUGCAGCUCUCCCAUGAAAGCCAACCAUUUCUGACUGCACCCUUUUCCUAACAGACUGCUACAACCACUCCCCUAGAGGAUUCUAGCUUGAAUAGAAAUCUUCUAAACAGGUAACAUCAGUUGCAAGGGGAUGACAGAGCGCAUUCAUAGCAUCAACCUUCACAACUUCAGCAAUUCUGUGCUCGAGACCCUCAACGAGCAGCGCAACCGUGGCCACUUCUGUGACGUGACGGUCCGCAUCCACGGGAGCAUGCUACGCGCCCACCGCUGCGUGCUGGCGGCUGGCAGCCCCUUCUUCCAGGACAAGCUGCUGCUGGGCUACAGCGACAUCGAGAUCCCCUCGGUGGUGUCAGUCCAGUCUGUGCAAAAGCUCAUUGACUUCAUGUACAGUGGGGUGCUGCGGGUCUCACAGUCAGAGGCCCUCCAGAUCCUCACAGCUGCCAGCAUCCUGCAGAUCAAGACUGUGAUUGAUGAGUGCACAAGGAUUGUCUCGCAAAAUGUGGGAGAGGUCUACCCGGUGAUUCAGGAUUCUGGCCAGGAGACACCCAGGGGAACACCCGAAUCAGGCACUUCGGGGCAGAGCACCGACACAGAGUCCGGCUACCUGCAGAGCCACUCGCAGCACAGUGUGGACAGGAUCUACUCAGCCCUCUAUGCCUGUUCCAUGCAAAAUGGCAGUGGGGAGCGCUCCUUUUACAGUGGGGCUGUGGUCAGCCACCACGAAACAGCCCUGGGGCUCCCCAGGGACCAUCACAUGGAAGACCCCAGCUGGAUUACCCGGAUCCAUGAACGGUCACAACAGAUGGAGCGGUACCUCUCCACCACUCCAGAGACCACACACUGCCGCAAGCAACCACGCCCUGUCCGAAUUCAAACCCUGAUGGGCAACAUCCAUAUUAAGCAGGAGAUGGAGGAUGACUAUGACUACUAUGGCCAACAGAGGGUGCAGAUCCUUGAGCGCAACGAGUCUGAGGAAUGCACUGAGGACACUGACCAAGCAGAAGGCACUGAGAGUGAGCCCAAAGGGGAGAGUUUUGACUCGGGAGUCAGUUCCUCCAUUGGCACUGAGCCCGAUUCCGUGGAGCAGCAGUUUAUGGCUGGUCUGGGCCGGGAUGGGCAGCAAGAACCUUCUCAAGCAGAUCAAAACGACGUCCCUGCUGAUGGCGCUCAGCCUCAGCAGCAGCAGCAGCAUGUAGAUGCCAACUCUUCCUCACCAGAGAGAAGCAAUGACGUUGAAAUGGACAGCAAAGUGCUUACAGUCAAUAACAGCACCGAAAAGGGGGCUUUGCAGCCUUCUGUCAACACAACUGUUGCCCAACCAUUGCCAACCACACAGAUCUACUUACGCCAGACAGAAACCCUCACCAGCAAUCUGAGGAUGCCACUGACUCUGACCAGCAACACUCAGGUCAUUGGCACAGCUGGCAACACCUACCUGCCUGCCCUUUUCACCACACAGUCUGCUGGCAGCGGCCCUAAGCCUUUUCUCUUCAGCCUGCCCCAGCCCAUAGCUGGCCAACAGACACAGUUUGUGACAGUGUCCCAGCCUGGCCUGUCAACCUUUACUGCUCAGCUGCCAGCCCCUCAGCCCUUGGCCCCAUCUGCGGGCCACAGCACAGCAGGUGGGCAAGGCGAAAAAAAGCCUUACGAGUGCACUCUCUGUAACAAGACUUUCACCGCCAAACAGAACUACGUGAAGCACAUGUUUGUACACACAGGUGAGAAACCCCACCAAUGCAGCAUCUGUUGGCGCUCCUUCUCCUUAAAGGAUUACUUAAUCAAACACAUGGUGACGCACACUGGCGUGAGGGCGUACCAGUGCAGUAUCUGCAACAAGCGCUUCACCCAGAAGAGCUCCCUUAACGUGCACAUGCGCCUCCACCGUGGGGAGAAGUCCUACGAGUGCUACAUCUGCAAGAAGAAGUUCUCCCACAAGACCCUGCUGGAGAGGCAUGUGGCUCUGCACAGUGCCACCAACGGCACGCCUGGAGCCACCGGCACCGGUGCCAGGGCCGUCCCUGCUGGGGUGGUGGCCUGCACGGAGGGGACCACGUACGUCUGCUCUGUCUGUCCAGCUAAGUUUGACCAAAUCGAGCAUUUCAACGACCACAUGAGGAUGCAUGUGUCAGACGGAUAAGUAGAAUCUCUCUCUCUUUGUUAUGAACAAAAAAAAAAAAUAGAAACAACAAAAAAAGCUAUGGCACUAGAAUUUAAGAAAUGAUUUUUGUUUCAUUUUUACCUUUAUUUUCCUCCUUUUUUUGGGUUCGUUUUGUUUUGUUGUUUUUGUACUACAUGAAGAACUGUUUUUUGCCUGCUGGUACAUUACAUUUCCGGAGGCUGGGUGAAUAAUAAUUUUCCCAACCUCCCUCGGAUGGUGGCCUUAAGGCCAGGUAGUGCUUCAUGAGCUCCACUGGUUGGAUCUCUAGCUACUGGCCUCUAAAUACAACCCUUCUUUACUACAAAAACGAAAACAAAAAAAAAAUAAAAAAAAAUAAAAAAAAAAAACACAAACAAAAAAAAAACAUAAAAAAUAAAAAAAAAAGACAGAAAAAAUAAAAACAAAAAAAAUCUUUUUUUCUCACUUGUGAAGAGCACUACAAAAAAAAAAAGAAACAAAACAAAACAUAUUACAAAAUCUACAAGGCCUACUGUCGUUAUAAGUACACCGCUCGCAGUGUUUCAAUGGACAUAAUUCACAAUGCUGACCGCUUUUGGACUUCACAGUAUCCAGUUAGAACUGUGGAAUAUUUUGCUUCUGGUUGAGCAGCAACCAGAGGAAACAAGGCCCUGCUGGUUUCCACCACGUGUCUGCUUUCUCACACACACAUGCAUCCACAAACACACGAAAGGGCUGAGGGGAGUGCAAGGCAGUGUGGCUUGGAUAGUGUGGAGUCCCUGCAGGAUGAGGAAAAAAGAAUCAGAGGUUCCUCACCUGGAUUCUGCUCCAUCCCACGCUCUCUGGCUCACCCUCCCCGCUGCUUUUCCCAUACCACCACCACCUUACAGCAGAAACCAAGAAGAUUCAGACAACGAGCAACGGUGGCUUUUUGUAAUUUAUUCAGUGUCUUCGCUGAGCCCAGGGCCUCAGCACAAUCAAGAGGGACUUUCACAGAAGGCAAAGAGAAACACAGAGGAAAAUCAAAGAUAUCAGAGGUUGCAACCUAUGGAUCUAGGUACAAGAGAAGGGUUAGUUCCCACAAUCUUUGCAAAAAAAAAAAUGCAUCAGGAUUUAUUCUUGUGGAAGAAAGAGGAAUAGAGGGCGGGUGGGGAGGGGAAUAAUUAAAAAAAGAGUUCUUGGGACUUUUUUAAUUCAAAAUUUUAUAGAGGGGCAAAAGUGACGUUUACCAGAUAGAAUGCUGAUUUUUUUAAUAUAUUUACAACAGUAUUUGUGUAAAAAAAAAAAACAAAAAAGUGAGAUUGUUAAAAGUAAUUUUUCUUUGUUUUCUUUUUUUUGUUUUGCGUACACUGCCACUAAUAUCUUCUCUUUUAUUAUAUAUAUGAAUAUAUAUAUAAAUAUAUAUUUUAUUUUAAAUUGAGACUGUUAAGGUUAGCUAACCUGCUUCCAGGUAGAGGGGGGGAGGGGAGAUGAUCUUGAUUUUUAUUUUAAAAAAGAGGAAGGAUGUUUCUUAAUUUUCUUUUCAAGUAUUAUUUUUUUUUUCUCUCUCUCUCUUUUCUAAUGGAAUCAAGAAUUACCUGGGUCGAUGAGGGGCUCUGUGAAGUCAUCUGUGGGAUUAUCUACUAGAGUUUGUGCGUCCUGCAGUAUGGGUUGAACUGCUACUUUGUUUUUGAAUUACGUGGUUCUCUUUUGGCUCUUACCAAGGUUCUGUUGUUUCUGGUUUUGGUUCCAUCUCAGAAUUUAUUACUGCCGAAGGGAGGUUCCUUUUGAGAAAGAUAGUUUCUUGCAACGUUCCCUUGUUUUUGAGGCUGAUAGAGUUUGUAUUCUUUUUCUUUUCUUUCUUCAUUUUUGAAAAUGUAAUGAAAGUUUUGUAAGUGUGUAAUAACUAGGAUUUCCCUUCUUUUUGGUCACUGGACAAGAAGUAAUCUGCUGUAUUGUUCUCUCAUCCCUGCCUUGCUCGCUAGAGAGCUUCCAUAUUUGUGUGGGAAUCUGAUCCUGCCCCUGGUAAUUUGUGCUGAUGCCAAAAUAACUUAAAAGGUUACCAUUGCAAAUAAUCUUCCCUUCUUCAUUUGCAAAAAUGUCUAACUUAAGGGCCACAUCCCUCAUUCUCUGCAUAUGCAAAGCUAUGCAAGGAAUGUAGGAUCAGUGUGACAGGUUGAUUCCUGAUCUGCAUAUACAUGUUGGUGUUUUGUAUUUUGUUUUAUGGUGUUUGGGCUGGUGUCCUCCCUACUUGUCUUCUGUGUAUCUGUGUGAGAAUUUUCCCCCAAAGCCAACUCCCAAAGUACAUGGGUCCUUAGUUCAGUUGGGUCAGUGUCUGACACUGUCUUUGUCUUGCUUGAAAUCCAUAGCUAGGAUUUGCACCAGCUGCACUCUGGACUUUAUUUUUUAGGCAGAGAAGAAGCACCUAACAAAAAUAUGCAAAAAGAAAAAAAAAUGGCUAGUUUAGCUUUUACUCAUGUCUAUAUUUAAAUUAAGCUUUCUUAAGUUUACAGAACUUUGCUUGUGAACACUGAGCAUUUCACGUGAGACAUUCUUUGAUGCUGGACAACCUUUUAUUGACUCGAUAGGUCUGCACAUAAAAUGUUGUGUGUUCUUUCCACCUGCAGCUUCUGUAUCAGAUGUCUGUGAUUCAGCACAGGUACCCUCGUUGCUAUGUUCUAGGCCCAUUCCAUUACUGAUUUACUAUGGGCAAAAAAAACCUGACAGAUACUUCAUUCUCACAAUCUUUCUGUAACCUGCAAGGUAUUGUUCAGCAGAUCCUAAAUGUCCAAGGCCCAAUUCUCACUUGCACUAGACAACAUAAAGAGACUUUGAGGCAAGUGCCAGAAGGAAUGAGCCUUUUGUGUGGUAAUGUCUUUCUUUUUGUCACCAGUUUCUUUGGGUAGUUCAAGGAUUUUCAAAAAGAAUCUGCAUUAGUUUGGCUGGGCUAGAGGAGGAGCACAAGCUAGUUGAAAAAUAUUGUUUUUAUAACUGCACUGCUAAAAUAAAUGCUGACGUAAACCAAGAAGUGAAAAGACUAAGCCUAAGACACAGAGACAGAGAACUAGUAUCUGCUGUGCGAAGAAACACUAAAUCUGUACAGAAAAUACAUGUUCUAGAGACAGGGAUGGGGAGGAGAGUGGGGAAUGUGAAGCUAUACAAAAGGAUUUGAAGAUGCUUCUCUGGGGAAAAGGCUUUUUUUUUUUUCUUUUUUUUUUUUUUUUUCCUGAGAUCUUUAGUGUUGAAAAGUUUGGUGUUCUCCCAUAUAAGGAAUUAAUGAAUUUUACCUUAGCUUAAAAAUUUGUAGCUGUUCAUUUGCCAUCUGAGGUCUGGGGAAAAGCUGUUUUAAUUUGUCAUUGUUAAAUUUGGUCAACCACAUUCAAAAUGCAGCAUAUUCUGGAAUAUGGUUCUGAUACCAGAAGAGAUUCCAGUACACAGAAAAUAAGAAUCAAGGUUUACAUCCACCAAAAUCUAAAUACUAGUGUUUAAGUGAAUUAAAAAUCAGUUUUGAAUGAAUGAAAGGUGCCAAUUAAAAAGUAAACUCCUUAAAGUAAAGCUAAGGCAUAUAAAUUGUGUUCUAAAUCACUGGGACAGUUUAGGUCAAGGUCUUCACAAAAACCUACCUGAAAUAAAACCCGAUUUUAUCAAACUUCCAGGCUCAAAAUUAGCGACUAGGUUUUGUAAAACGUGGAGCAACUUGCAGCAUGCUUGUAAAUGUAGCUGAAAGUGCUCAUCUGAUCACUUACAUAUUUAAGUGCCCUUCUGUGAACUUAGGAGCUCAAAUAUAGACCCCUUUAUCUUUUAAAGCAUUAAAUUCUCUUUAAUAAGGCUUCCUCCUGUCUGUAGAAAUAUAUAUUUCUUAUGUGGAAACACCUACAAUAGCUGAAUGUUAGAGGUAUUUUCAAGCUUCAUGUAUUGCUACUAUAUUCCUUACUAGAAAGAAUGCCUGUAGUACACUGGUAGUCCCAAUAAUCUGUAAACUGCUGUUGACAGUGUUUGAGUGUACCCAUCUCAGUAUGCUUAAAGAGUUUCCUUAAAAACACCAGGUAAAACGAGGUAGAUGAGAAAGACUGGACAGUACCAAACAUCCCUCUGAUGGAGCAUGCAAUAUCCUGCAUUCCUUGAGCCCGAUUCUCCCUUUCCCUAAAGCUCUCUUUAUAUUGCUUUGGCAAUGGAAAAGGGCAUUAAGUGGGGCACAGAUUCAAGCAUAUAAAUCAAAGCCUCUCUACAAGGCAAAAGUGCAAUUAGGAAGCCUUAGGUUAAAUGAGAGGUAAGUGCCUUCUCUUACUGCUGCUGAGGCUGGUGAAGUCAAUUGGAAAUGUAGGAAUGGCCAGAGCAGACCCACCCUGUGGUGCACCUCACCCAGUGUUUGGUCUCUGACUCUGUGGCAAGGUACAGAUGAUUGGGAGAAAGAUUAAAGACCCAUGUUGGAUAAUUACAAAGUAGUAAGCCUAAGAGAGAAGAUUUAUUAUAAUCCCUAUGAGAUAUGUAUCUGCUUAUAACCUGAAGACAUAAUAAUUGAUGGCCUUAACUUUUUAUCCCAUGUAAAAAUUAUAUAUUGUGGCAGAUAAUUCUCAUUAUCCUACAAAGAUCUAGCUUAUUAAUUGCUAGGUGGCCCCAAUGCUAUCCUAUGGAAGUGAGUUCCUCAAUUUAAUUACAGCCUUGUAGAAAUGAUUCAUUUUCUGGUUAAAUUUGUUGCUGUUCAUUGAAGCACCCUUGUUCCUGUAUUACGCGAAAGCAUAAAUCAGAGGACCAAAAUUUGUCUUCUCUUGCCCAUUCCCCUGCAGUCUGCCUCUCUUUGGGAAAUCUGAAUCCACAAGGAAUGCAGGACUACAAGGUCAGUGUCUGCUGGUCAGGAAGGAGAGAACAGCAAGCGUGUGUGUACGUGUGUGUGCAUGUUGUGUGUGCACAAAUGAGGUUGUCCUACAAGAUCUCUUCCACAGGCACAGAAAGUACAACUUGUACAUAAUGAGAAAGUAACAGGAGAGUACACUAGUCUUCAGAAACUGUAAUGUGAGCAUUUUGAGCUGGUCACUCCUCUCAUAAAACACUUAGUAAUAGUCUCUUGUAAGGGAAACAGAGUUGUUCUGUAGGAGCUGCUCUGGGGACACUUUCUCAACAACUGUCUUGCUCCCACUAGGCCCAUGUCUGGCCCAUACUGUCAGACACUUUCAAAAUCAGCCCAAAUUCACAGUAAGCUAACAGGGAAAAGUAUUGUUUAAUUCAGUCUCUAAAAGAGUAAGAUUUCCCUUUGCUCUAAGAUCGAAGAGGCCAAGUGAUACCCAUUUUCUUCUUCUGAUUUCUUUUUCAUCCAAAGAAGAGUUGAGUAAUAACCCACAUACCAUCAGCCUUCUCAUCUCUUACUCACCCAAAACUGACUGAUUUCAGUGAACCUUGAGCUACUCGAUUAAUUCUGCAUCAUUAACGUGGUGGAGGAACAAAUCUCCUGCCUUUAGUGUUAUACUAGUAUACCCUGGCUUUCUUAGUAAAGAAAACAAAUCCCACAGGGAGAAGGCAGAAAACAUACCAUUUGCAGGAGCGUUGAGUGCAGUCCAAAAACAGAAGCACACAAACCAUUUCAAACAUAACCAGACCUCCAGUAUGCUUAUGCCUGCGACCUUUUAGACAGUUGUAUGUGAAGGUAAUCUUACAGCUCUCACUGCUCAAGAUGACUUGCUACUCAAAGAGAAGUUUAAUAUCAGUUUUGUACCUGGUGACUGUUCUGUCAAGGAAAACUAGACCUUGGUAAUCCAUCCCUUUCAACUCAGUAUCCAUCUCCUCUGAAAUAAACCUGAGGGAAAUGAAUCAGCAGGUAGCCUAACUGAAACAGCGUCUUGUCUGCCUGAAGCUAAAUAACUACUUUUCACAUUCCCAGAUUUGUUGGUACACUGGCUGUGAAAAUUCCUGAAGGAGGUGUAACGUGAUGAGAACUCAGCUCUGAGAGGUUCUGAGCCUCCUCAGAUCCCAAGAGGCUUGUCACUCGGUAGGAUUUAGCUCCUAAGUGAUCACAGCUCUGCUGCAAAAAGACUUAGGAGAAAAUCUACAGCUAAUAUGUUACAUCUGGAGGAGUCCUGAGGUUAUAAAUGGAAAGAAAACCCUUCCCAGUGCCUGAGUGUCCCCCUGACAAAAAAAAAAAAAUCAGGUGGGAAGGCUUUGCAGAGGGGUAGAGACCAAAUAUCUAUGACGUUCAAUAACACAGUUAAGUAUAAUAAGGUGGUCUGAUGCUAGAUUCGUGUUCAUCCACAGCUUGCUCUGGCCAUGCAAAGUCAGUUACACUGCAGUUAACCUUCUUGUUUGCCCUGCUAGAAGUAGUACGUAAGGUCUCGGUUAACUUCCUUUAGAGUGAUCCUGUUCACCUCAGCAAGAGCAAAGGAGUCCCCGUAUUUUGACAGAUAGCUAAGGUGGGAAAUUUGGAGA